AUUUCUCUACUUCAAAAACUUAAGUUGGGGGCUUAGUAUUCCAAAAUAAUGAGAUGUUUUAAAGGUUUUGUGAAAUAAAUGUCAUUAAACUGUAAAAAGCAUAUAUGCACAAAAGAUGUAUAUUUCUUCCAUAGGAGAUGCACCCUUAAAGGAUAUCACUGAUCCUAUUUUCAGAGCAUCCUGGAUAGCUCAAAAAGUUAAGUUGGCCAAAACACAAUAUAUGGAUGGAAUUAAUAUAGACAUAGAGCAAGAAGCUAAUUGUUUAUCACCGGAAUAUUAUGCAUUAACCACUUUAGUCAAAGAAACCACAGACUCUUUCCAUCGUGAAAUUAAGGGAUCACAGGUAACCUUUGAUGUAACUUGGUCUCCAAAGUGCAAAGACAGGUGCUAUAAUUAUGCUGGAAUUGCAGAUGCUUGUGACUUUCUCUUUGUGAUGUCUUAUGAUGAACAAAGUCAGGUCUUGUCAGAAUGUAUUGCAGCAGCCAAUGCUCCCUAUAAGGAGACAUUAACUGGGUAUGAUGACUACAUCAAGAUAGGCAUUAGCCCUAACAAACUUGUAAUGGGUGUUCCCUGGUAUGGUUAUGAUUAUACCUGUCUAAAUCUAUUAGAGGAUUGUGUUUGUACCAUUCCAAAAGUCCCUUCCUGGAGGGCUUCUUGUGGUAUUACCUCAGGACGUCAGGUGCCCUAUAAAAUAAUUAUGAAGCAAGUAAAUAGUUCUAUUUCUGGAAGCCACUGGGAUAAAGAUCAGCAAGCUUCUUAUUAUAAUUAUAAAGAUUCUUCUGGCCAUUUUCAUCAAGUGUGGUAUGAUAACCCUCAGAGCAUUUCUUUAAAAGCAGCAUACAUACAAAAGCAUGGCUUGCGAGGCAUUGGCAUGUGGCACGCAAAUUGUCUUGACUAUUCUGGAGAUGCUGUGGCCAAACAGCAAACUGAAGAAAUGUGGAAAGUCUUAAAACCAAAGCUGUGACAGAUAAUAGUUUUGUCAAACUAUUAAGAUUUAGAAAAAUAAUCAGUAUAAAUCAGUUUCUUGAAGAGAUAAAAAUGUACACAUUUAAAUGUACACAUUUUUGUCAUGUCAUAGUUAUUCUACUUAAAAGCAGAUAAAGAAAUGCUUUGGUUGUCUAAAAACAAAGGUAAGAAAUCAACUUACUAUAUUAUUUUUCUAUGUUUAGUAUAAUUGGGAAAAAUUUUCAGAAUUUUAUUAUGCUAAUUUAAAAAAUAUGUAUAAUUUGAAGUGGAAAUUAUUUGCUCAGAGUAGAUUUUUAAAAACCUAGACUAUGAGAAGCCAUUUGCUCUAUACUUUUUGUUCAAUAAAUUUAUUUAGGUUCAUCAAGCUGAUGUGAACAAUUUUUCUCUUCCUGAUUUCAUAUAGUUCUCUGAUGCACUUCAAUUAAACUCACAAGUCUCCAGGGUGGGGGGGAAAGGAUUAAAAUACAAGAUAAUAUUUUGAAUUAGUAGGUUAGAGCUACCUAAUAUUUUUCACUAAAAUUAUUUUUAUGAGUUUAUAGCAGAAACUUUACCUUUCUAAUUAUUCUUUCAUUUAUGAACAUCUAAUAAUUUAUUUCUUAGUUUAUAUAUGCAUUUUACUUUUAAUUAAAGACAUUGGUUUCUCAAUU